GCUUAUCGGGACAACGGGAUUGUUCGAAUGCACCCGCCGAGGUUAUUAUCUUUGGAACACUACGAAGCAAGAAAAAUUGGUCGACUGGUUGCGUUAGUGGUUAUUAAUAGCCAAACGCGAUAUCGUCGUCCUAUCCUCUUUUCAAUGUUUAUUCUGAUGUUUGACGGCCGUCGUUAUUUACAUAAGCGCGAUAUCUUCUCGUGUUUGAAAAAGCAAACGUUGAAACUUCCAGCGAAGAAAUGCAUUUCUUUUCGUAUAUACUUGUAAUAAUUUUUAUUUAAUCAAUUUAUGCUAUUGGGUAAUGAUCGUGAGACCGUCCAAAGAAUGCAGACGGAUUAAUGAUAACAAUGUUGCCGGUAAUUUUCUCCUUAAUCUCAUAAUCCUUUCUUUUCUUACGAUGACCUUCGCAUAAUGCAACUUACGAUUAGUCUUACAAAUGACAGCAUCUUACUUAGGAUCGAAUAUCAAAAUUUCCUGCAACUUUGUUCGUAGUUAUAAGAUUAACGAUAGUUCUGCAGAUUGGUAGGAAAAAUCAGGGGUUGUUGAACCAUCCGCGCACCGGUGUACUUAUCAUUUCCGGAUCAGGCAAUCAUAAAUGACGACGCGGAGUAUUUUUUGAGCACGUCACCUUCGAUUAAUACACAUUGUUUACUGUUUUUUGUUGGCUUAACAGGGAAGAUACACAAACGACUGGCAAUUAUAAAACGUAAUUUACAAUUAGCACGCAAUCGGGCGCAAGAAUAGUUCAAUGAUUUUCUGUUAGAGGCGUUUAUUGGAUAUUUUAAUUAAUUUGUUCGCGUUAUCAGAGUUGAUUAAAAAUACAAAUAAGUUGGUAAAUCUAAUCUAGAAUUUGACAGCGAGUCGUCAAAUACGCGAAUACAGAGACGUAAGAACACACGCAAAUAAGACAAUCAUUGUUACCUUCGGUUCAAGCGAAGUUUCUGACGCAAAGAGCAGUAAAUUUGUAAGCGCAAUAUUUCUGAGAAUGUUCGAAAUCAAUAUUCUUUUCUAUGUGCGGGAGAAAUGAAAAUAUUGGCUCGAACCGAUUUAUUUUCCUAAUAACGAUUAGAUGUCGUAUCGUCAAAUGUCCAAUUAACCAAUUAUGUGUUUUUCCUAACAUUCCUUUUUUUUACAACGGUGUUUAGAUCGAUUCGGAGCAGGCCUCGAUGGAGUCUACGGCCUUAACGCGUUGGCGCCACAUUAAAGCGUGUCCCGUUCAUUAUCAGAUAUGACUUCUUCGUACGGUUGUAUCGUAGCAUUUAUGUAUUCUAAAUCCUACCGACCUAUCAAUUGUAUACAAAAACAUCCCGUGCAAAUAAGCAAUAUACCUCCCCUACCCUUUAUCGUGCCGAUAUAAAUGUAAGACUGAAUGCGAAAUUCAACACAGUUUACUUUCUUACAUUAACAAAGCAAUAUUUACAGCAUUAGCAAAGCGAUACAUUGCCUUUGUUUCUUGGGGUUUAGGUGUUUUCCGACCGAUCUUGUCUCUUUUAACCGAGCAUUGGUAGUUGUUUCUUUUUUAAAUCGAUACCGAUGCAUUCGACGAAAUCGAUCGCCGUUAAGCUAACGAGAGAGCUCAGCUCGAAAAGAUUUCUCAGUUCCCAAGAGCUGAUCGAACGGGACAAAAAGUACGGCGGUAGACACUUUGAGCCACUUCCGGUUGUUCUCGCGAAAGGCGAGGAUGUUCAUUUGUGGGACGUCAAGGGUAAACGUUACCUCGAUUUCCUCGCCGGUUUCGCGACGGUCAAUCAAGGUCACUCUCACCCACGUUUGGUAAAGGUAAUGUGCGAGCAAGCAGGGAAAUUGAGUCACACGUCCAGAGCUUUUUACUCGGAGCCCCACGGUGAGCUAGGAGAAUACCUGACCAAACUUUUGGGAUGGGAUAGAUUCUUGCCUAUGAACACCGGGGUCGAGGCCGGCGACACGGCCAUUAAGGUAGCCAGACGCUGGGGAUACAGGGCGAAGAAAAUACCGGAUCAACAGGCGACCGUCGUUUUCGCCGAAGGAAACUUCUGGGGUCGAUCGAUCGCCGCGUUAUCGGCCUCCACAGAUCCAAAGUGUUACACCGAUUUCGGGCCUUACGUCCCCCGCUUCGACAAGGUGCCGUACGACGAUCUCGAAGCCUUGGAACAAAAGUUUAAGGAAGAUCCAACGGUCUGCGCGUUCAUGGUGGAACCGAUUCAGGGAGAAAGAGGCGUCGUGGUACCUAAAGAAGGCUAUUUAAAGGGCGUACGAGAUCUUUGCGACAAGUAUAACGUGCUGUGGAUCGCCGACGAGGUUCAGACCGGCUUAGGAAGAACGGGUAAACGGUUGGCCGUCGAUCACGAGAAUCAGAGGCCGGAUAUUCUUGUCUUAGGAAAAGCGCUGGCUGGGGGAAUGUAUCCUGUUUCCGGUAUCUUAGCGGACGACGAGGUAAUGCUGUGUUUGGAAGUCGGCUCGCAUGGCAGCACUUUUGGCGGAAGCCCGCUUGGGAACAAAGUAGCUCUGGAAGCGGUUAAAAUCGUGGAAGAAGAGAAUCUAGCUGAAAACGCGUGUAAACUUGGAAAUGUUUUAUGGAAAGGCUUGGAAAAGUUUCCGAAAGAGAUAUUCACGGAAAUUCGGGGUCGUGGUUUGUUGAUGGGCGCGGUACUUAAUAAAGACUUUGCCGAUGGUUGGGACGUUUGCUUGAAAUUGAAGGAGGCAGGUUUGCUCACGAGACCCGCGCAUGGACAAAUACUGAGGCUCUCGCCACCGCUUACUAUUAAAAAAGAGCAAAUCGAAGAAGGUCUUCAUAUACUAGCUACUGUUCUUAAUAGUUACAAAUGAGAUAAUUUGGAAUACUUUUCGAUAAGUCAGCGAUGUCUCGUGUUCGACGAAGGUACAUACGUAUAAUGUUUCUAGUCUGCUCGAAGUAGAAGAAACUGUUGAAACAUAGCGUACAAAAGUAUUUUACAUAAAACGAUGUAUUUUUAAUAUCAAAUAUAAAUUUUAUAUGUA